AGUAUAUGUGUGAGGGGCGGGGCCUGUCCCGGGAGGAGUCUCCGCCCCAUAUAUAUCCCCGCCCCCUCCUCCUCCUGGUCUCCCCGCAGUCUCACACCUCUGUCCGCCGGUCUCAGUGCUUAGUCGCGGGGUGCAGUGUCAGACUCAGGAUGGUCGUCCUUUCCAAAGAACAUGGCUACGUCAUCCUGACUGGUGCGGCCAGUUUUGUAAUGGUCGCUCACCUUGCAAUAAAGGUGUCAAAAGCCCGCAAGACGUAUAAUGUAGAGUAUCCCAAACUAUAUAGUGAUGAUCCCGAAAAUGGAAAAAUUUUCAACUGCAUCCAGCGGGCUCACCAAAAUACUCUAGAAUCAUAUGCUCCCUUUCUGUUUUUCCUUGCUGCUGGAGGACUCACACAACCGCGUGCUGCUAGUGUGCUUGGCGUUACCUGGAUUGUUGGCAGGGAGCUGUACGCUGCUGGAUACUCUACAGGAGAUCCAAGCAAACGUUCCAGAGGAGCCAUCGGCUCUUUAGCUCUGCUCGGUCUCUUCGGCACUACCGUUUGCUCUGCAUUCAAGCUGCUCGGCUGGUCUCUGCACCCAAAAACCUGGUGUUAAGCUGAUUUGACGUGAGAAAACAAUGCGACCAGAUAUGUUCACUGGCAGGAGACAGUAAAAUGAACGCUAAACCCUGGUUCACCCGGAUUGGUGCUUGAGGGGUGGAUCGGGCCUAUAUAGAUAUCUUUAAUAGGACAAAGUUUAAUAAAUUUUAUAAAAAUAUCAUAA